GGCGAAGCCCGCGUGCACGACAAAAACAACUACCGAGGGGGAAGGAAGUUGACAGUUGGUUAAUAUUUAGUGGUGUUGCCUGGUGGUGAGACUGGAGGGACCUUUGUGAACCAGUCAUCUCAUUGUCCUCAGCUUAGAGCGAUGCCACUUUGCAGAAUGAGACUCUUCUCCUGACACAGGGACUGUACUCCUCCCCCCAACCUUAGCAACCCGGACUCUCUACCUACCUACCUCACCCCUGACCCCCAUUACCUCACCCCUGACUAACCCAUAAACCCUCCCCUCUAAUUACUACCUCAACACUCUCCUCUAUGUAAACCUGCUGCUCUUAAACCGCUCUGUCCCCACCCUCCGGAGUAUUACAUUACAUUCAUCAACAGGGGGAAUUUAAAAAGCAUUGUCAGUGCCUACUCCCUGGUGUCCAUUUUGUGCCCAGAGUGUAUCCUCAGUAGGGUGCUCUAAGCCUGUGUACUGGCACGUGACGAUGCUGCUGAACUUCGAGUGACGUCCCCACUCUGUGAUGUCAGAGGCUAGAGGAGAGGGGCGGGACCAGAGUGGGAAUCUCUCGUUUGUGGUUGGCUGUGUCGAUGAAGACCACCGAGGCUCAGAAGAAGGAGGAAGAAUAAAGAACGAGGGAGAGAUGCGAAAAGGAGAGGAGGAGGACGAUGACAAGGAUGAUGACUCGCCUCCAGAGAGGCAGAUCGUGGUAGGCAUCUGCUCCAUGAUGAAGAAGUCCAAGUCCAAGCCCAUGACCCAGAUCAUGGAAAGGCUGUGUAAGUUUGAGUACAUCACGGUGGUCAUCUUCCCCGAGGAGGUCAUCCUCAGCCAGCCCGUGGACAAAUGGCCCCUGUGUGACUGCCUCGUCUCCUUCCACUCCAAAGGUUUCCCAUUGGACAAAGCGGUAGAGUACGCCAAACUCAGAAACCCGCUUCUCAUCAAUGACCUGAACAUGCAGUACUACAUACAAGACAGGAGGGAGGUGUAUCGUAUCUUGCAGGAGGAGGGCGUUGAUCUUCCUCGUUACGCUGUGUUAACCCGAGACCCAGACAGACCUGAAGAGUGUAACCUGGUGGAGGGGGAGGAUCAUGUGGAGGUGAACGGGGAGGUGUUCCCCAAGCCCUUUGUGGAGAAGCCUGUGAGUGCUGAGGACCAUAACGUUUAUGUCUACUACCCCACCUCAGCUGGAGGAGGCAGCCAGAGACUCUUCCGCAAGAUAGGGAGCCGCAGCAGUGUGUACUCCCCAGAGAGCUGUGUGAGGAAGACUGGCUCCUACAUAUACGAGGAGUUCAUGCCAACGGACGGCACUGAUGUCAAGGUGUACACAGUGGGCCCUGACUAUGCCCAUGCUGAGGCCAGGAAGUCCCCAGCCCUGGACGGUAAGGUGGAGAGGGACAGCGAGGGGAAAGAGAUCCGCUACCCUGUCAUGCUCUCCGCCAUGGAGAAACUGGUGGCCCGCAAGGUCUGCCUGGCCUUCAAGCAAACUGUGUGUGGCUUCGACCUCUUGAGAGCAAACGGCCACUCCUUCGUCUGUGACGUCAACGGCUUCAGCUUCGUGAAGAACUCCAUGAAGUACUACGACGACUGUGCCAAGGUCUUGGGGAACAUGGUGAUGCGAGAGCUGGCCCCUCAGUUCCACAUCCCCUGGUCCAUCCCCCUGGAGGCUGAGGACAUACCCAUAGUCCCCACCACCUCAGGAACCAUGAUGGAGCUGCGCUGUGUCAUCGCCAUCAUCCGCCACGGAGACCGCACCCCCAAACAGAAGAUGAAGAUGGAAGUCCGACACGCUCUAUUCUUUGCGCUGUUUGAAAAGUAUGGAGGCUACAAGUCAGGGAAACUGAAGUUGAAGAAACCCAAACAGCUACAGGAAGUGCUGGACAUUGCCCGGCUCCUACUGGCUGAGUUGGGGCAGCACACAGACUGUGAGAUCGAGGAGAAGAAGGGUAAACUGGAGCAGCUCAAGACGGUCCUAGAGAUGGAGUCCAGCUUGAAUGACACUCGGUACGGCCAUUUCUCAGGCAUCAACAGGAAGGUGCAGCUCACCUACCUGCCCAACGGACAGCCCAAAGCCUCCAGUGAGGAAGAAGAGUGUCCAACGGAGGGUCCGUCUCUGCUGCUGGUGUUGAAGUGGGGUGGGGAGCUGACCCCGGCAGGCAGGGUACAGGCUGAGGAGCUGGGCAGGGCCUUCCGCUGCAUGUACCCUGGAGGACAAGGGGACUACGCUGGUUUUCCUGGCUGUGGUCUGCUCCGUUUACACAGCACCUACCGCCACGACCUGAAGAUCUACGCCUCAGACGAAGGCCGUGUUCAGAUGACCGCUGCCGCUUUUGCCAAGGGUCUGCUGGCUCUGGAGGGGGAGCUGACUCCCAUCCUGGUGCAGAUGGUGAAGAGUGCCAACAUGAACGGCAUGCUGGACAGCGACAGCGAGUCUCUGACCGACUGCCAGCAGAGGGUGAAGGUACGGCUCCAUGAGAUCAUGCAGAAAGACCAGGACUUCACUGAGGCAGACUACCAGAAGCUGGCCCCUACAGGCAGCCCCUCCCUGGUCACCUCUAUGAAGACCAUAGGGAACCCAGUGAGGACGUGUGACCAGGUCUACACCCUCAUCCAGAGCCUCACCUCCCAGAUCCGCAGGAGGCUGGAGGACCCCAAAUCUGCAGACCUGCAGCUGUACCACAGUGAGACCCUGGAGCUGAUGCUGCAACGCUGGUCCAAGCUGGAAAGGGACUUCCGGAAUAAGAGCGGUCGCUACGACAUCAGUAAGAUCCCAGACAUCUACGACUGUGUGAAGUACGACACGCAGCACAACGCCACGCUGGACCUAGAGGACACACUGGAGCUGUUCAGGCUGUCCCGAGCCCUGGCCGACAUCGUCAUACCUCAGGAGUAUGGCAUCAAUAAGGCAGAGAAGAUGGACAUUGCCCAGGCCUACUGCCUUCCCCUGAUGAAGAAGAUUCAGCUGGACCUGCAGAGGACCCACGAGGACGAGGCCGUCAAUAAGCUGCACCCGCUGUACUCGCGGGGGGUCAUGUCUCCGGGGCGCCACGUCAGGACCCGUCUCUAUUUCACCAGCGAAAGCCACGUCCACUCACUGCUCAGCAUCUUCCGCUACGGCGGAUUACUGGACGAAGUGAAGGACCAGCAGUGGAAACAGGCCAUGGAUUACCUCAGCGCCGUCUCUGAACUCAACUACAUGACCCAGAUAGUCAUCAUGCUGUAUGAGGAUAACAACAAGGACCCUGGGUCAGAGGAGCGUUUCCACGUGGAGCUCCACUUCAGUCCCGGGGUGAAGGGCUGUGAGGACGAGGAGAACGUCCCUCUGGGCUUUGGCUUCCGCCCAGCCUCCGCUGAGAACCAGGAGAAGCAGACCAACCAAGGCAGUCUGGAGGACCUAUCACAGGACGAGACUGACCGGGCCCUGUCGCUCUCUGAGCCAAUCAGCAUCAAAAGAUCCCCCAUGAGCCGCAACCGCAAGACUGGCUCCAUGGAGGUCCUCUCCGAGACCUUGCCCACCUCCUCCAAGGGCACCUCCUAUCGCCUCUUCCCCUCGUGCUCGUGCCAGUCCCCCGAGAUUAAACAGACUGGCCUAGAGCUCUUCUCUAUGCCGGCAGUAAAGAGAUUUUCUGUGUCGUUUGCCAGGCAUCCGACUAAUGGCUUUGAAGGCUGCUCCAUGGUGCCCUCUAUCUACCCGCUGGAGACAUUGCACAACUCGCUCUCCCUCAAGCAGGUGGACAAGUUCCUCAAUGCAGCGUGUGAGCACAGCAGCGAUGCCCACGCCAAGACCAUGAAAGCUCUCUCUGCCUUGUUCGACACGUCGAGUCAGGGGUACGGCCAGGCACACAUCUACCCCCCCCACCACCGAAAGCCCUGUCCUCCUCAGAAACUCCUGUCCGGUCCCCUGAAUGCCCACUUUGGUACAGCAGUGGCCCCUCUAGCACAGUGUUCAGUGCAGGGUCCUCUUCCCCCACCUCAGUGAACCCAGACAUACAUUUCAGCUUCAGUGAGUAGACCACAGCCCCGUCACCGGAUCCCACAGAGGAGCUAGAGGACAACACAACACCUGGAUCCACUCCCUAUUAAUCCAUCCACCCAUCCAUCUAUUCAUCUGUCUACCCAUCUGUCCACCCACCGAGCCAUUCAUCCAUCCACACUAUGACUUCUACCCGCCUGUGAGUGCUUUCAAACUAAUCACAGUCACAUACAGUGCUGGACCCUAAGGACCGCCAGUCUCAUUUUGUGGACAAAAACAAACCAAAACCCACUGGCCCCUCCCCUCAGGCGGAUGUGUGUCCAACCAACACUCUGCCCCAGUUGAGCGACAGCGAGGGGAGCCUAUCCCCAGGCUCCUUUGCAGUGUAUAGACGGGCCUGAGGCUGGACGGAUCCCUGCCGUCUGUACUGGAUUCAGACUGCUGUCCUGCCGUCUGUCCCAGAUUCAGACUGCUGUCCUGCCGUCUGUCCCAGAUUCAGACUGCUGUCCUGCCAUCUGUCCCAGAUUCAGACUGCUGUCCUGCCGUCUGUCCCAGAUUCAGAUUGUGCUGUCCUGCCGUCUGUCCCAGAUUCAGACUGCUGUCCUGCCAUCUGUCCCAGAUUCAGACUGCUGUCCUGCCGUCUGUCCCAGAUUCAGACUGCUGUCCUGCCGUCUGUCCCAGAUUCAGAUUGUGCUGUCCUGCCGUCUGUCCUGGAUUCAGAUUGUGGCUGCUGAUUAGAGACGAUGGGAGAAACAGGAGCUGAUUAUUUCCAUGCUUCAUCCAAAUCCUAUUCUAUAUGGAACUGCACACACAAAAUGUGUCGGUGCAUGAGUACCUCCUCUCUCAGAGGCGGGAGGCAGGUUCAGAAUGUUCUGCAUUUUCAAUCAUGGCUGACCAUAUUCUUUGAAACACAGAGAUAGUUGAGCCAGUUGAUUAAAUAUGGAAUAUGGACUGUUUCCUCGAGUUUUGUUGGUGUUGUCCCUUUUCUUUUUUUUUUUUUUGUAUACUGUUUGGGUUUCCGUACUUUACAUGAUUUUGGGGGAAAGGGUACAAUACAAUGGGGAUACUAUUUCCUGUCAUUGUCUACACAGCAUUAUUAUUCUGAAAGGGUCUGAAAAACAGACAUUGCAACGUAAAACGUGAGCCGAUUACUUUCAGUCACGUUAUUAAAUAGCCGUCAGUCAAUAUGCAUGCACCACUUUGUCGCAAAAUAACAACUCCUUCUAUACACAUACUGGUUAUGUUUUAAGUGUAAAAGAUAUUUCAUACACCUCCUUCAACCUACCAAACAUAUAAACUAUACACCUGCCUCAACUCCCUUACAACGAGAAUCAGUGUUACUGAAUCUAUUUUUUUUUUACAGUGUUUUAAGGGUAAACCACUCCAGAGGAAGUAGCUGACUGUCUUUUAGGCUACUUCAGUCUGUACUGGAUCCAGUCCUCAUACUAGUUUUAAAAAACAGUCUGCUGUUUUGCCAUAGUUAAGUGUUUAAUAUUAAUUUAAACGAUUCUAUAUCAUAUGUUGUAAUGCAUAUUAUUUUGCCAUCUGUGUUGCACCUGAGAGGAUAAUUAACGUAUAUUGAAUAUGUAAAUAGGGCUAAAAAAAUAAAAUAAAAAAUGAGAUGGGAGGGAUCCGUUAAAUCGUUUGUACAAAACAUAUCGUUAUGGAUACAACUUCAUACAAAGCAUAUCGUUAUGGAUACAACUUCAUACAAAAAAUAUCGUUAUGGAUACAACUUCAUACAAAACAUAUCGUUAUGGAUACAACUUCAUACAAAACAUAUCGUUAUGGAUACAACUUCAUACAAAACAUAUCGUUAUGGAUACAACUUCAUACAAAACAUAUCGUUAUGGAUACAACUUCAUACAAAACAUAUCGUUAUGGAUACAACUUCAUACAAAACAUAUCGUUAUGAAUACAACUUCAUACAAAACAUAUCGUUAUGGAUACAACUUCAUACAAAACAUAUCGUUAUGGAUACAACUUCAUACAAAGCAUAUCGUUAUGGAUACAACUUCAUACAAAAAAUAUCGUUAUGGAUACAACUUCAUACAAAGCAUAUCGUUAUGGAUACAACUUCAUACAAAACAUAUCGUUAUGGAUACAACUUCAUACAAAACAUAUCGUUAUGGAUACAACUUCAUACAAAACAUAUCGUUAUGGAUACAACUUCAUACAAAACAUAUCGUUAUGGAUACAACUUCAUACAAAACAUAUCGUUAUGGAUACAACUUCAUACAAAACAUAUCGUUAUGGAUACAACUUCAUACAAAACAUAUCGUUAUGGAUACAACUUCAUACAAAACAUAUCGUUAUGGAUACAACUUCAUACAAAACAUAUCGUUAUGGAUACAACUUCAUACAAAACAUAUCGUUAUGGAUACAACUUCAUACAAAACAUAUCGUUAUGGAUACAACUUCAUACAAAACAUAUCGUUAUGAAUACAACUUCAUACAAAACAUAUCGUUAUGGAUACAACUUCAUACAAAGCAUAUCGUUAUGGAUACAACUUCAUACAAAGCAUAUCGUUAUGGAUACAACUUCAUACAAAAAAUAUCGUUAUGGAUACAACUUCAUACAAAGCAUAUCGUUAUGGAUACAACUUCAUACAAAACAUAUCGUUAUGGAUACAACUUCAUACAAAACAUAUCGUUAUGGAUACAACUUCAUACAAAACAUAUCGUUAUGGAUACAACUUCAUACAAAACAUAUCGUUAUGGAUACAACUUCAUACAAAACAUAUCGUUAUGGAUACAACUUCAUACAAAAAAUAUCGUUAUGGAUACAACUUCAUACAAAACAUAUCGUUAUGGAUACAACUUCAUACAAAACAUAUCGUUAUGGAUACAACUUCAUACAAAACAUAUCGUUAUGGAUACAACUUCAUACAAAACAUAUCGUUAUGGAUACAACUUCAUACAAAACAUAUCGUUAUGGAUACAACAUCAUACAAAACAUAUCGUUAUGGAUACAACUUCAUACAAAACAUAUCGUUAUGGAUACAACUUCAUACAAAACAUAUCGUUAUGAAUACAACUUCAUACAAAACAUAUCGUUAUGGAUACAACUUCAUACAAAACAUAUCGUUAUGGAUACAACAUCAUACAAAACAUAUCGUUAUGGAUACAACUUCAUACAAAACAUAUCGUUAUGGAUACAACUUCAUACAAAACAUAUCGUUAUGGAUACAACUUCAUACAAAACAUAUCGUUAUGGAUACAACUUCAUACAAAACAUAUCGUUAUGGAUACAACUUCAUACAAAACAUAUCGUUAUGACUACAACUUCAUACAAAACAUAUCGUUAUGACUACAACUUCAUACAAAACAUAUCGUUAUGACUACAACUUCAUACAAAACAUAUCGUUAUGGAUACAACUUCAUACAAAACAUAUCGUUAUGGAUACAACUUCAUACAAAACAUAUCGUUAUGGAUACAACUUCAUACAAAACAUAGCGUUAUGAAUACAACUUCAUACAAAACAUAUCGUUAUGGAUACAACUUCAUACAAAACAUAUCGUUAUGGAUACAACUUCAUACAAAACAUAUCGUUAUGAAUACAAUUUCAUACAAAAUGUAUUUUUUUUUCUUGUACAGUGCCAUUACAUUCUCGACAUAAUUCUCAGAAUUGUAAACCUGAAACGUUUCAAUAGAGUAUGAAGAGAACAUGCUUGUCAUUGUGUUUUGUAGUUUUGUACGUCGUCUUUUUGUAUGUAGUCCUGUGUGUAGUCUUGUAUGUAGUCUUGUGUGCUAUCUCAAGGAUGCUGUCAACUGCACUAAUGCAGACCUACCGUAGCACUGCUGAAUCUGUCCAACAAACCUUCAUUUUUCUUUGACUUUACUUCACGUUGUUUUUUAUCGUGAUAGUAAGGAUUUAUUUAACGAUUGGUGUUUCUGUAGGUGAAAUUUAGGGCUGUAUUUGUGAUUUUACUUCAUGUGGCAUGUAAUGUCAGCCAAAGACAUGUUGAUGCUGUGUAGAAUCCUCUCCUUAGACUUUCAAAAUAGAAUACCACGGUUGUUUUAUUAAAAGUCAUAUCGGCUCUCUGAA